AGCUCUGUGCCCUGCGGACGCGUCCACAACGCAAGCAGUCGACCGCACCUUUCUCCUUUGCCACGACCUCGAUAUGUGCUCUGAACCGCAACGUCAUGACACUGUCGGCAUCGAAACGGGCAUAUAGGAUAUAUAUUUAAAAGAAUAAGCUUAAGUCCUGGCAGAAGGAGAAGGUGGGGCAGUUCAUGUGCUUCUCGCAGGCAGGUGAGAGCACGGCCCUGUUCUGUCUGGCGCAGAACGACUGGAAGCUGGAGGCGGCCACCGACAACUUCUUCCAACACCCUGAGCUUUACUGCAGAGACCCCAUGAAAACCACCGCAGACCGCAAAAAGCUGGACCAGCUCUACAACAGAUAUAAAGACCCUCAGGAUGAGGGCAAGAUCGGCGUGGACGGGAUCCAGCAGUUCUGUGACGACCUGAUGCUGGAUCCGGCCAGCGUCAGCGUUCUGGUCGUCGCGUGGAAGUUCAGAGCUGCAACCCAGUGCGAGUUUAGCCGCAAAGAGUUCCUCGAGGGCAUGGCAGAACUCGGAUGUGACAGCCCUGACAAGCUGAAGGCCAUACUGCCCAGACUGGAACAGGAACUUAAAGACACGGGGAAGUUCAAGGAUAUGUACCAGUUCACCUUCAACUUCGCCAAGAACCCCGGACAGAAGGGAUUAGACCUAGAGAUGGCCGUGGCCUAUUGGAACCUGCUGUUGACAGAGCGUUUCAAGUUCCUAGACCUCUGGAAUAGAUUUCUACUGGAGCAUCAUAAGCGGUCAAUCCCUAAAGACACGUGGAACCUGCUGCUGGACUUCGGCAACAUGAUUGCAGACGACAUGUCCAACUAUGACGAGGAAGGUGCAUGGCCAGUCCUCAUCGAUGACUUUGUGGAAUUUGCUCGACCAAUCGUGACGGGAAGCAGCCGUUAAACCUCCAGCCCUGGGUCUGGCAGACGUCUGGUGUAGUUUGGGUCACUUGUCCAAGACUUCCGUUUUCUAGUUUUUUCAUGGACAGAGGAUUUUAUACCAGGAACUAGAAGAGUAAGAGUCUUCCUACACCUGGAAGCUGUAAAGGCUCUCUCACUUGGCCAAGAGACCUUUGCGGAGAGUUAACCUGGGACAGAACAGCAAGAGAACCAGAGUUGGAACUGGGAUGGCUAGCAGUCUUUGAGCUAGCGCUGCUCACUAACCACAGGUUGCUCCUGCUGGACUGCUACUGCAGCUAGCCUGCUUGCUAGCCUGCAGUGAUCCUCCUGUGAUCCUCCUAGCCGAGUGGAAGUUGAACACUUAUAAAUGUUUGGGGGAUAUGGCUUCUUACAUGGCCAAUGUUUUGAAUUAAAUGUUUAAUUCUGCAUGUUUGCCAUCGAUUACCAUUGAGCACCACUGUGGAUGUGGACCGAUCGAUACUAGAAACAGAUUAUUAAAUUGACUGAUCAUAUCUUCCAACAGAUUAUGAAGUGGCAGAUCGUACUCAACAGAGUUUUCACCUCUUCACCAGCACAGUAUUAUACUUUUUACUACCACAGAGCUAGGGAUGGCUAGUGCUUUAGAAAAGGAAUAUAUAUGUAUCAUAUAUGUAUGAGAAAUAAGAAAAACAUUUUAUGACCUUGAUUAGAGAAAUCAGCUUUUCAGAUCUGUUUGAAACAUUUAUACAUUUUAUUUUGUGUGCGAGGCUGUACCAACUGACCGUUGCGCUGACUGAUACACAAGAUAUUCAGGAGGGUAUGAUUGUUUACCCUUCAUAUGCCACCUCUACAAACUGCACUGAUGGUCACUUUUCUUUAGAUUAUACUGCCAGUGAAGUUCUGCCAGGGCAGCACUGCCGUUCAGUUUACAUCGAACAUACUACAUUCAACUGGUUUCUUUAAGAUUAUCCCAUCUAUUUCUAAACUGGUUUAUACAUCUACACGUGUAGAUGUAUGAGUUGUUUUGCUUGUGGUGCGAAGGCCAACUCAUUUAAGUAGAGCAACUCUAGAGCAAGGCUAGGUCAAAACCUCAAUGGAACAUUUGACACUGAACACUCAGGUACCAGUUGUUAUCUCUGGCUAAAUGUGAAUCCGGGAAGUGUUACCCUAGCAACACAAUUGUUAGCCAAGCUUCGCAAGUGUUAGCCCAACAUUGUUUCGCCUUUGCAAGUGGCUGGGCGUGUUGUCUACUGACCUGCAGAGGAUGUUGUUUACUAGCUAGCUACCAUUGCACCUUUGAACUAACUGCUAGGCUAACUACCAUCCACAGCAGUAGAGGCCAGCAUUGAAUUACCACUGAGCUACCUAGCAUCUCGAGCAGUAAGAGCAAGCAUUGAAUUAUUGCUGAACUAACUAUCAUCUUCAUCAGUAGGACCUAGCUCUGAAUUACUGAAAAGCCAAAUAGCACCUCCAUCAUUAGGAGCUAGCAUUAAUUUACUGCUAAGAGCCACUAGGAGCUAGCUAGCUUUGCUUCGCCACACUAAAACAGAAAGAAUGUUCUAACAUUACACUGUUCAGAAAUGUUAUUUAUUUUUUAGACAUCUUGUGUUUUAUUCAAACAGAUGGAAAGGCGUCUUGUGAUCUUGUGUCGGGUGUGUUUCAAGUAACAUUUGAAUGAUAUUUAAAUGUAAUAUUUAAAUAACAAUAAAUAAACAACGUGUUCUUGGAUCUGAAACAUCUACGGUGUUCAGCACCUUUCCUAUGGAAAACAGCAUCUAAAGAGACACAAUGCUAUCAGCUGGCAACACAGACAAUAAAAAACAGCCAAUCCAAUGAGCUAUUUGAACACAGCUGGUCCUAUUGGCCGACUAUAUUCUCUAAAGAUGAUGUCUAGGUUUCAAUCAUGUGAAUGUCAGUUCAACUUCUAGUAUUCAUACAGUAUUAAUAAUCAUACGGUAUAUUACCAGCUUACGGUACAACAUUUUCAAAAGUCGAAAGGUUUGUUUGGUUUAUCAAAUGUUUUUUUCACUGAUGAAUGGAAAAAUGUUAAAAUAUAUUGGUGGCAUAUUGUGUGUGUGGCUAUUGAGGAAGGUGAAAUUAUGGUUUGUCAAUAAAGCAUGUGGGUUUUUAGCAUGGUGUGAGGCUUGCUUUGUGCCAACAUACUUCAAUUGUGCCCUUGUUUUAAGAAACAAAUUGAUGUGACAUUAAACUGAAUUGGCAAUUGUG